UAAAACCGUUCACUGUUGUCCCCAAGUUCUGCAACGAGACGGCAACCAUUUAAGCUGAAGACUGAAAAACAAAACUCAAAAACAAGCAAACAACAGAGAACACAAUGUCAUUCAAUUGCUCGUACUUCUUGCAAAGCGACAUCGAGGAACCGGUAACAACAAUUGAACAUCUAGCAGCUCUAGGAGCUUUUGGCACGGCAUUUGGUAUUUUCGGUAUAAUCUCCACAGUAACCGUUACGGCCAUUUUCGUGUUAAGCAUUUUCCAUGUUGUCAGAAAACACCCAUCGCAAUGGAGACGUCUGGUAACAUGGAUCGUUUCAAUGCCUAUGAUUGUUUCUAUCCUCUCUUUGGUGACAUUCCUCGUUCCUGGAGCUGCCAUAUUGUGCGAUACUGUCAAACAAUCGUAUUUGCCAUUUGUGUUAAUGCACUUCAUCGACCUGUCAUUGCUGAUAGAGGGUGGUCAUCGGGAUACUGUUCAAGAUCUAAAAGAUAAGGAUAUUCCAAUCAAUUUUUGCCGACCACCUUGGUGCUGUGUUGGUCUCUGCUACCGCAACGUAAACUAUAACAAGAAAAAUCUACGGAUCAUGAAAAGUUUGGUGUACCAGACACCGUUGUUUCAAUUACUUAUUAAUCUCUUGAUGGCAAUUUUGGAGUCAGCUGGCGUCCUAGAGAGAGUGAUACGCAACAAUGCCUUUGCCACCCUCGGCAUAAUCAACAUAAUAUUUUUUACCAUCGGAAUGUACGGUUACAACGUUUUGACAACUGGUUUUUCCCAAAUUUCGGAAUGGAAAAAUUAUCCCUUGAAAGCCAGAGUACUAUUUGUAUGCGUAGUAUUGUUAAAAGUUCAAACGCUUAUUUUACUGCUCCUGGGAGUCGGUGGAUCAAUUCCUUGUGUUGAGCCUUACAUUUCUCCAGUUGUCAUGAGGAAAUCGAUUGAAUCAGCGCUUUGCUUGGUCGAAGCGUUGAUAUUCGGUGUAAUUUUCUACCCUGUAUUCCGAGUUGUCGACAGUAGUGCCAGUCGGCUAGGAUUGCAUACAAGUCCUACAACAAUUUCCGUGGUUUCUUUGGACGAUGUUCAAGCAUAAAGUUAACCGAAGUUUCGACUAUGUACAGUAUACAUAUUUAAAAGAACGGAUUUGAUAACACCAUAAAAAAGAUUUAUAAUGUACAUAUCUAAUCAAAUACAAAUUAAUGUAAAAACAG